GAACCGCAGCUCCCGCCAUUCCCUUCGCGGGGCGCGGCCCGCCGACCCGGAGCAGGAAGCAGAGGAUGGCGUCCCUUGACCCCAGGGCGGCACUGAGGAGCGAGCGGGGAAUGAUGGAGAUGGGAUGAGAGAAGUGUCCUGCACUGCAAAUGGCCUCCUGUUUGACAUUUAUUGCUUGCUAGUCUGGAGCCAGCCUUGGUGGAUGAGGAAGGUUGGUGACUCUAAGAUGUUUGAGAGAAUCAAACGAUCUGAUGAAGCUUCUGCUUCUUCAGCACAAGGAAUCCAAAGACAUGGUGUUGAGAGCUCUCCACGACAGGACAGCAGUAGCAGUUUACACAGAAGAGGACAAGAACAUCCUCGGCCUGGAGCACCCACUGUGCGCAAUAGACAAGGGUACUGCAACUGCUGCCACGUACACUACAGCAAUCUGGAACAGCAUAUUUUCAGCUCCCAGCACAGACAUUUUACAACAUACUGUAGGAGUCGUACGGGUACCAGUAGCUUGAUGGAGCGUUUCCUUCAAGAUGUUUUGCAGCAUCAUCCCCACAGAUACCAUGACAGCAGACCAACCUAUGAUGACAUGCCAUUCCCCGUCACUCUAGAGGCUCCUAGGAUUUCUUGCCCAUCCUCAGAAGAGAUGCAGAAAAAGAGAAAUAGUGAGAAACAGGAGAGUUCCAGCAAAGACCAGGAGUCCCUUCGUGAAAUAGGCUCUUCUGUUCCCUGCCUGUCUCCUGAGGGCACAAAGAAAACUUUCGUUACACAAGCAGGUUUUCAAAGAGGCCAGGAACGUGUUCCAGGAAUAUCCCAGCAGUCUGUUGGCAUUUGUAGUGAUAAGAAAUGGGUAAAUCUGAAACACACUCGAAUUGCGGAUCAUAGCCAUGAAGGUCAGUCUACAGCUGUGAGCCCUGUACCUCAGCAGUUUUCUCUCAGUCCUAUAAGCCACAGUUCCUCUGUUAAUCCUAAAACAGGAAAAAGUGUUAGGGAUUUGGCAGCAUCAAAUCUGUUUCUGCAGAGAGGAUGUGAUGAAAGAGCAGUGGAGGUCUGCAGUAGGGACGUGUUAUUGAAGCCACGCUUGAAUCCUGCUCCAGCACUGCUUCACCCAAAAUGCCCUUCAGUUUCUCAUCAGAUUCCUACACGCAGCCACAGCAAUUCUUCCUUUAUUACCUCAGGUCAAGCUCUCUCAAAGCGAGAUAGUUUACGAACUCAGGAUGAAACUUUGGUGUCUGAUCUCCAUCUCAGGGAUACUGUGGGUAUCAGCAGCUCCCUUGAUCUUGGGACAUCCCCACGGCUAGCAAGAUGCAAAAACAUAAAGACAAACAGAGGUGAUGAAAGAUCAGUGGAUGAAACUAUUGAAGAUGUAAUUGUGAAAUACUGCCAUGAAACUACAUCUGAAGAAAAUUAUUUCAAAGAAGAGAAUAAUACCAGUGUACCUUUUUCAUCACUUCUGGACCAUAGUAAUUUAGAGGGCUCUGAAAUGAGUUUUGACUGUGAUGCACCAAUACAGGUAGGAACAGAUUUACCCAAGGCAGCUAUAAAAGAUAUAGAAUUCCUGAAAGAAGUCCAAGUAUGUUUGCAAGAUAAAGACUAUGGAACACAGCUCUCUUCUGUUUUAAAAACUGAGUCAUCAGAGAAAAUAGAAGCAGUGAAAAAGGAAGUCGUAGUUCACACUGAAGAACCAGUUCUUCCAGCCCUGCCUCACGUGCCUCCUUCUUUUGUGGGAAAAACUUGGUCUCAGAUAAUGUAUGAAGAUGACAUAAAAAUUGAAGAACUUGUGCGUGAUUUCAGGGAAGGUCGUUUUCGCUGCUACUUUAACAAUGAAUCCUCAGCCAAUUGUACAGGGAAGAGAAUGAAGAAAAAAAAGCAGAAGGAUGAAAAAAGGAUCAAUAUUAUUGAGGGUAAUAGAACAGAAAGUGCACCAGUUAAAGCACUGCCAGAAUUUAAUGAUGCUUUGAGUGGUGGUUCUGAUUUUGAUAACCCAUCUUUAGCCUCAGAUACACUAUGCAACCCACAAAUUGUAAAAAUGCCUAGGAAAAGGACAUGGCGCCUGGCCUCGAGGUGUCAGGUGGUUAAAGUCAGCCAUGGCACACAAACAAGUCUGCUGAACUACCCUGUAGCAAAAAGGAAAAUGUCUAGAAGGGAAUCUGAUCCACCUGAUCAGAAAGCAAGCAUUGCAUGGCUGGAGAAUGAAAAAACUCCAAACAUGAAAACUAGAUUGUGUGCCCUUAAACUUCCAGAGUCCUAUAGCAAGAUCAUGAGUCCUGUACAGCCCAAGACAGUGGUGUAUGUACUCUCAUGCCCAGAGGUAAAACAGUGCAAAGGUAAACCUAUAGAUAUUCCCAAAAUGAGGAAAAAUCAUCACUCCACAGAUAGCAAGGACUCUGUAAGAUAUAAAUACAAACAGUGUUCUUUCAAAUAUUAUGACCCACUGACAAAUCGAAUUCUGAAAACUCCUCCAAAGAGUACAGUUGGAGAAAAGGCCAAAAAGCCCUCUCAUGUUCGACAGCUUUUCAGAAGUCUCAGUUUUGAUGCAAACAUGAAGAAACUAGCUGAUACACAGAGAGAGAGCACGCCAUCAAAGCCACUCAACUGGUCAGACUUCUGUAGUUCUUCAGCAUCUUUCCUGCCCGAUCGAGAUAAAGGGAGUGAUGCAGCCUCAAGUCAAAAGGCAGAUGGAACAUCUGUUGCCACAGAAAGGACAGAUUGUCUUGUAUCUGAGAACUCUUUUAAACACCUAAUCAUUUCACCUUUGAACUCUGUGAUAGAAGGAGAUUGUAGAUUAAUUCCAUUUAAUAGAAUUACCAAAACUCCUCUGACCUCCAUCAGGAGUGAGUGGUCAGAGAGGGAGACUCCAAAAGCAAUAUGGAAGAGAAAAGAAGGCACUAACAAAGAACCAGUUUUUUCCAGAAAGGCUGCAGGAUCUAAGUCUGUCAGAUGUACUCUUGCAAGGAGAGGAGCCAGAGUAACAACAGGCAAACAAACAUCCAGAACUAAAAAACAGCAGAAAGAGGGGAUGAGAAGACAACUUCAGCCUUGUGCCCAGAAAUCUGCUUUCUCCAUCCAUAGGUGCCAGACAAGGAAAACUACAGUGGGAAAGCACCCUAAGAAAGAAAAGCCUGAUGCUAAAAAGUUAAAGGUGAGGAGGAAACCAAAAAGGGCCUUUCUGAACUCAACAGUUGUAACAGGGAUUCCUGAAAAAAGGCAGAAAGUCACAUCAGAAUCUUUUCCCAAGAAACCAGAGCAAGCUUCCUCCAAAGUCAAAAACUGGGAAGUAAGUGGAGAUCGGGGUCAUCCUGGCUCUGUGAGUCGACCCUCUAGAAGGACUUCUGCUGUACCAUUACUUCGAAACUGUCUUGUUCUACCAGGUGAGAGCUAGCUACCAAAAGAACUUUUUUCUUCUUUUUUUUAUAGCCAGCACCUGGAAGAAGGAAGGAGAAAAAAAGGAGGCCGUAGACAAUGCAGUUGAAGUGCUAAAGCUCCAGAAAGUGCAAAGCCAGUCUAAUGUGAAAUAAAUACAACUGUAAACUCAGCUCUUGUUCCUGGAAUAUGGGGGCACAAUGUAUUGCACUGUUUUACUGUGUAAAGCUGCAGAAAUUGUGGAUUUGAUUUAAAAGCACUUAUAAUCAUACUUACUAGUCUUCACCUGUACAUCAGCAAAAUGACCUUGAAUGGUAUCAUAUUGUUAUUAUGGUAUUAUCAGUGCGUAACAGUGCACUGUAAUAAGGUAAUUUAGAAGCUGUGUUAAUUAAUUGUGCCUAUUUUAAUUUUUUCACGUAAUUCUGAAGUGCAGAAGAUGACUCGGUUGCUAUGCUAGAAAUUUAAUGAAGAUACAUCAAUCAGGGCUGAAUUCUGUGUAUGUAUUUUGUGUUUGUGUAUAUGUGCACCUUCUUCAACACAUAAUAUAUACUUGCCUGUGGAAUGGCAUUAAAAUUAAUACAGUAUGAUACAAUUCAGAUCAAUGCUUUUUUGAAAUGAAAUAUAAUUUUACACUUUUUUGUAUAGACUUUGUUCCUGAAACCAUGUCCAAAGCUUUUUUUUUUCUUUUGGGCUGAAAGUCACUGUGGGCUCUCAUCAAGCAAUAAUGGACCAUGCUGGUAAGGAAAUAUGUUUCCUUAGGGGACUGUUCAAAUGGUGGUAGCUGAAGUGAAAUCUUGAAUUCUAAAAGAAAUACAGGGUUAUAUUUGGGGGCUUCUUUGUUUGCUUUUAAUAGCUUGUUGAUUAAGUUUGUAGGUGAAUUUCACAUUCCUUAUUGAGGGGGAUGGAAAAGUUAUAAUGCAAACAAAUAGCAGUAAGUUGUUUUAGAACGUCAGCUGUGAGUUUGGGGUUCUGUGCUUUUCUGGCUUUAUUUGGUGUAGUGUUGGUUAAAUUUUUAUGGACUAGAGUUCAAAUUUUCUUUCUAAAUUUUCAAUAAAAUAUUUAAAUAAACCUAACACAGCAUCCAUUUAAAUGUAUUAGAGUUCAAAUAUUUGGUUAAAAAACCUGGUUGAAUAAAAAUUACAUUCCACAGAAAUUCAAGUUCGGCCACUGAUGUUCCAUCUACUAUGGUUUUAUGGCAAAAAACCCCAAACCCAUGGUGGUUUAACUUACUUUUCUUUCUUUAUUUAAUAGUUGUUAUGAUGACAGUUUAUUUGCUGUGGUUAGGAGGUGUAAAGCCAGUCUUAUGGAUGUUUCUGUGCUUUAAAACCGAAGAUUAAUGGUUCAUUUACAGUAAAUUAAGCACGCAGUUAAACAUCAUCACAAUCCAGGCUUUGGUUUUCAAAUCUUCAAUUUGAUAUAUUAUAUAAUCUAUUUUACCUUGAAGAUCUUCAUAAAUUCUCUAGUGGUACAGUACAUUUUUCAGAGCACAAGGAAAACAUGGAAAAGAGCAGACCCUGCUGUCUCUGGCAUUGAACAUAUCUGUGCAUUUUCCCCUCAGAAAAUGAAACCAUUCUUGAUUCUUCAUUCACUUCUUUCUGAAGUGUCAAGGGUCACAGAUUUGGGCUGAGAUAAAGGUGGACUUGGAAAUGGUUUAUUUUAAUAUACAGUAUCUGAAGGAAGUAUAAAAGCUGUCAUCAUAAACCACAUGUUCAGAGAAUAUUUUGAGGAUGUUUUUAAUGUAUAUGCAUAUUUCCUAAGAUAAAUAAAAGAUGUGCAUGUGUCAGCUGGAAAGUUAGUUCCUUUACAAGUCAAAUAUGGUCUGACAGAUUUUUUUAUUUGUUUUAAUUUAUUUUACUUUUUAUAUAAAAGUUGAUUUCUUUGGAUGAAUUUUCCUAUGGUUGUCAGUAGACACAGAAUCUUAUGACUGUAUUGCAAGUCACUGGAAUAUGAAGGGCUAUAAUAUAAAUUUUUAUAGCCCUCAACUAAUUGUGCCUGUAUAAUUUAAUAUUUUGUCUAAUAUAAAACUGAUGUUUUUAAAGCAAAGUUUUAAAGGAAUGGUUUUUAUAGAAAGGCUAAUUUUUAGAUAAAGCAAAAGAAGAUUUUUAAAUAAAGUUUGUUUUAAAGCAAAGCUUUAACUAUAGAUAAGUCCCAUUCUAACAUAUUUUUAUGAUACAAGAAUGUUUUCCUAACUUCUUCCAUCUUAUUUUUCACAGUAUUUCACAUGUGAAGAGCAUGAAUUAUUUUGUGUGUUUUAAUGCACAUUGUACUUUAAGAACACUAGUGUAUAUUUGUUUAGAGUCAAAAUACUCCGUAUCAUUCAUUGUACAUUUGUCUUAUUCCAGUGCACAACUUUUCCUUGAAAUCUUGAGUAAUAAAGAUGUGUUGAGGACUAUAAAAUUACUAAUAUUUUUAGACUGUAAUGUCUUUUGGGUAAUAGACCCUCUUAUCAGGGUGGAAUUUUUAGAAGAAAAAUGUUAUAUUUAAACAAGAGUGUAAGUAGCUAUAUAUUUUCCUUUAAAAUAAAAGAAAAAUGAAAAAAAGUAUGUAAGAAUUUAUUAGAAGAAUAAGACUUGAGGUACAAGUCUGGAAACAUUUAUGUGGUUGACGUUGGCAAAAAAAAGGUUUACUGUAGGCUUGCAUGUCAAUCUGUGCCUCACUUGUGAAUGUUCAGAAACCUCUUCUGUGCAUGCUCAAUGACCACUAGGAAAAAGAGGAAAGACUCUGAUAUGAGAAGUAAAAGCAGAAACUGCUUUGGAAUGAGAAUUAUGAACAUAUUUGCAAAACAAAAUAUUGCCAAGGUACUCAAUAUCAUGUGCAAGAAGGAGAAAAUUCUGGGUUCUUGAGAAAUAGGCAAGCACUUUCCUGUUGGAUAAAUAAUGCAAUUUCUGCCCUUAUGGAAUAGAGCGUUGUUUCAUUAGCAGCAUGACUGGUACUUCAAAAUGUGGUUGUGAAGUCUACAGCGAUGGCAAACUUGAGAACUCAAAUACUUUCUCUCCAAAUUAGUGGGUGGGCUGGUUGUUUUAGGGUGAUAUUUCUUGUUUCUAUUUUUGUUUGUGUUUCUUUUUCCCUUUUGUGUUUUUUUUUGUUUUGGUUUGGGUUUUGGUUUUUUUUUGUUUGUUUGUUUUUGGGUGGUUUUUUGUUUGUUUUUUUGGGUUUUUUUGUUUUGUUUUUGUUUUUUUUUAGCAGAGGGGAACUGGGUUAUUUUAAUGUUGGUGGACAAAGAUGUUUUGUCAGUAUGUUUGCAUGUCUUAAUAUAGAGAAACAAGAAAAGAGCUGGAGUAGAGAGGAAUAAAGUCAUGCUUUUUGAAUAAAAUUGGCAGCAGUUAGAACCAGUACCUUCUUUAAUAGUUUGGAAAAAUGUUACCAUUUCUUCUUCAGUACUUACACAAUUUUGAUCUGUAAGUUUGUAGUUUUUAUUAUACGUUUCAUAAUUUUUAAAAAGUCUCUCCCCAUAUAAAUUACUCAUUCAGCCUUUCAAAACAGUCGUAUUCUAAGCAGAGUUUUAUUAUUCAUUAGGAUUGUGAACCAUGGGUGUGACCCCAUCAUAUUGUGCCAGGUGCUAACCAAACAUAAAACAGCAAUCCCCCAAAACUUAGAUGGCUGACACUUGCACCUUGCAGUUCUUCAGUUAAUUUUCUGAUAGGAUUUUUUGCUCUCUUGUUCUUUCUGACAGGUUUGUAUCCAAUGUUCUGAUAAUUGUGUUAUGAAAGUACCCCUCUCUGGGACUCAGAUAAAUGAGGUUGUUUCUGUUUAUAAUGAGUCUAUGGCUUCAUCUGAAAUUGGGUUUAAGUUUCAUGCUGAAUUUGUGCCCAAAUGAGAAUGUGUUUUGUGGUUUUUAUGUUGUUGUUAUUGAUAAUGUAUUUUGCAAUAAUUUUGCUUGGUGUUGUAUUUUUUUAUCUGUUCUCUGUCUCUUUUGUCUGUGGUUGUUUGACACAAUGUGGUUUUGUAAGGAUACAGCGAUACUACAGACUCAUCCAGUCCUGUGGCUCGAUGUUCUUUCUCUGUAUCUUCUGCUCAUUUUAUUUCAGAUUUGUUGUUUCCAUUGUUUUUCUGAAUCAUGUAUUUGGAUUUCUUAUUUUUAUGUUGUAAAGAGCUAAAUUUCAGGGCAGUAUGUUCUGUUUGGAAGUAAAUCAGUGACAGGUGACAGAAGAGGAUGUUGUCCCAGUCUGAAGUGCAGAGGGCAGGUUGGCACAGCUGCUCCUGUGCUUGGGAACUGCUUUACAUCACUGAACAGUGUGAAACAGGAGUGGGAUGAUGAUUUUUGAUUCCUUUGCUGGUCUUCCUUUCUUCUUCCUUUAGGGUGCCUGAGAACAAAGUAAUCUGAACUCAUACUGGAAAUAAGGGGUUUUCAGCUUUUGGUGUUUUGAGGACUGAUAGGAAAAGUAAAAUGUAUCUUUUUCACUAAUGUAACUAAAAUCACUGAAUUUUUGCCUUUAAUGUUUUACCUGCUGAAUUACAGCAUUCCUGAUAAUAUUUUUCAGAAAAAUAUUUGUAAUAAUAGCAUAGUUCUGAGCAUGCCCAGAAGCCAAGGUUUUGUUCCUUGUUUGUUUUGCAGUUAUAAAUUCAUUCAUUCCUUCAGCAGAACAAAUCUUGUUUUAAUAAAGUAAAGACUGAA